GUUCCGCUUUGCUGGCUGAGCUUAGAAUAGAUGAUAUUUGGUUAAUCAUCGAAUGGAAAUGAUUUUUCAAAUGGAUUACUUGCUAUUUUAGAUGGUCUAUUCGAUUGCAUGAUUGAUGAGUUCGAUUGCAUAAUUGUUCGCUUUCUUCUGCCACUGGAACGACUUCGUUCUAACGGUUGUUUACUCUCUUGAUUUGGUUACUUUUGUUAAGAACAAUGUGAGAACAUAUUAGCAAUAAAAUGAUUUUACACGUCAUUCGGCGUCAACUCCAAUUAGUAGUGAUGUGUUGUAGUUUUUUGGGUAGUAUUCAAGGUGAAAGUUUUAUGGAAACAGAUGUGCUUUCUACUUCCAUGAGUGAAAGUUAUUUUAACGAAGCUAGCGAAUACUCCGACUUCAAUAGUUUUACGCCUUCUUUGACGGAAAUUUUGAAAGUACAAAAUACAUUAUGGCCUUCAUACUCAUCAUCACAAGUACUUUUAGCAACAAAGCCUGAUACAUCUACUCCGUCAAUUUUUUCAACAAAAGAGAUUACUUCUUCAUAUGUGCCUGAAGAUUAUACUUCUUUAUACACAGGUUAUAGUGAAAUUUUUCAUAAUAGUGUAAAACUUAGAAAUAGUGUUGAUGAUCCUUCAAUUUCCAUAUCACCAAGUGGUAUUUUAAAUCUGACUUCGUCGAUCAGAGUUGUUGAUGGAUCCACCACUCCUAUCUCUGCAAAUUAUUCUGAGGAAAUCGACUCCGAAUCCUUAAAUACCAAAGAUAUCAUUGAAACAUCGUUCUAUUCACACUUCCACACCCCUUUGAUGUCGCUACUUGCAGCAUCUUCCAGUAUAACGUUCCAACCACAGGAAUCCUCUAACCAUGCCAGUGUCUACUAUUCCAGCAUUCCACCUCAUUCUUUCGCAUCGUCCGACAACGAAUCAACAGAUUUCAAAACAACAACGGUGCCUGCAGACUUAGAACAUAAAAAACUUUUGAUGCUUGUGUUGCGCGCAGAAGAUUGCUCUCGUCUUUCAAAAGCAGAUUUUGAGAAAAUGCUAGAAAAAUUGAUGCUAAAGUUCGGUUUUGGAGAUGUGGUUCCAGAAGUCUCCAAUGCUAAGUGUUAUUCCCAUUUGAACAUUAAUCUAACUAUUGGAAAUUCUGCCCCAUCUCUUCAGUUUUUGCCAAAUAUUGACGGCAGGAAUAACGUUACUGUCGAUGUUCUUAACAGGACUUUUAGAAUUGUCAAACUUGAAAAAGUAGAUCUUAAAUUUGAGAAGUCUAAGUCAUCCAACUCCUCGUCCAGCAUCAUAGCAAAAGUUGCCAAACACGAAUCUGUGGCUUACGUCGCUGUAGGAGUGACUUUUGGACUCGUUUUGGUUAUAUGCAUUACUGUUUGUUUCAUUAAAUGUUGCUGUUUGAGAAAGUCUCAGAAGAGAUUCACUCCAGGUAUAAAAUGUUCACACAUGCGCUUAAGACCAGAAGAUUAUACUUUGACUCCAAUACCACGCCCCACAUCACUUUACGUAGAUUACUAUAGAGGAUCUGUUUCUGCUGACAUAUACUCAACAACCUCUGCCGGUUCUAUUGCCAGUACUACUCCUACUGUAGAAAAGGGCGUGGUUCAACCUUUCGAUACCAGUAUAGUUCCGCUCGAAGAUUCGGCAACCCUUCCUCUCGACAGCUCGCGAGAUCCUUCUGUUGAAUCCGUACCCGCUCAGUCUGACAUGAAAACUUUCAAUAUUCACAAUUUCGCUAAUAAAGGUUUGCGCAAUACAGCUACUGAUUCCAAAGAACAGUUAAAUCCGAAACAGAGUACCCGCAGAAUUGCUUCCAAGCCUAGUGGGGUGGCCAACCCAACUUUUCAACGGUAUUAAAAUGGGUAUCAUAAAACAUUUUAAUUGCCUUUCAAAUUCAAGAAAUUUUAAUUCAUGGGGAAGGUAUGAAGACGGAAGGCUUCUUCAAAUUGUGUUGAUUCAUGAGUGAUUAAAUGGUUCUUCAUGAAUGAAGAAUCAAACGUAAAAUAUUUCUUCAGCAUACGUCUUCUGGAAAUUUUAACUGAGACUAUUUGCAAAACUAUUACACGUGUGAUAAAUGCAACAAAAAUUAUAAGACUUCUUUUUAAAUUUUUGUCCUUGACUACUUUCUCAUUGAGAUUUACAUAUUUCCAUGAGCACAUUUGCAACAAUAAUGGUUGACAUAUCUCUUUCCCAUUCGAUUUCAGAUUUAUAUUUAAGAAUUAACGAUUGGAUAUAUAUGUAUAUGGCUGUUUUAUCAAUUCGCAUAUUUAUGUUGUGAAGUACUUAUAAACCUUUAUUGAAUGUUUAUUCUUAUCUUGUUGAGCUUAUGUAAACGUUUUUUGUUUCAAUUAAGUGAUAUUUUAUGCUUCUAUAUAAUUUUUACGUGCUUGUGUAAAAAAAUAAACAUUGACGUCUAAAAUCGUGGACUUCUUUGAAUUGUGGGUAAUUCAACAAUUAUCAGAUGAUAUCAGAUAGCUCUUUUUCACCAUUUACAUUUAUUAUAUUCACAAAACAUAAAUAUUUAACACACACAAAAUUCAAUCAUUUACAUUAUUUCAUAAUUAUUAAUAUAAAUUAGUGGUUUGGGCGUGUGUUCACUUCUUGCUGUCGCAGCCGUGACACUUGUUACAGAUCGCGCUAUAACAUCAUAUAAUGAGUGACUCUUCUUAAUACAAAUGUGCAUUUGUCAAAAUGAUUACAUUUAAUCUCUAGUUUACAUUUGAGAAUAUUUUUGCCAUAACAUAUAUGAUGCAUCAUAGCAUUUACCCUUCUUUCAAUUGUUAGUAAUUCAGAAUACUUUCUUUACGAUAAAAAUAUAUAUAAAUUCUUACUUAUGGCUUCUAUUUUAAUACUUUGUAUUGAUUGUUUAAUGUGUUUUAUAAAUAUAUUGCUAUUAAUUAAAAAUAAAAUCAUGGUUUAAAACACUAAACUUGAAGAAAAAAAAAUA